UCUGUUGCUAGGAUACGGUACAUUCCUCAGUUGCUUGGUAACUGCUGUAACACGAAGCGUUUGUUGGAAGAUAAACAGAUUCAAACUGCAGUCAGGCGACUAUUUUCAGUCUCCAAACGAUGAAUUUGAAGUCUUCGCUGCGCUUUUACUUGGUUACUUUGUGGUUUUAGUCGUUUAAAAGCCGAUUUACGAGCUGCUGGUAGCGGCUAGCUCCGUUAGCUCGGGCUAAAGCUCCGCUAGUUCUGUUAGCUUUCGGGACAUCAGGGUUGAAGCUGAAGCUGCUGUGACCCAGGUACCAUCCGAACCUCCUCACGCAGCUGUGUCUCAUGGAGCGGACUGACCGGGGAAAGGACCCCCAGCUGCUGAGGAACCAACCCUACGACGAGAGUCUGGACGUGGAGGACGGAGAGGAGGUACCGAGUGUCUACAGCCCGACUCCCCGAGGACAGAGACAGACCGAGUGGAGCAGCAAGAAGGUUCUUGGCAUCAUGUCCAGCAGCAGCAGGAACCAGCUGGAUGAGGAGCACAGAGCUGUGAGGGCCACAGAGCCGCUGCGGCUGAAGCCAGGGCCCGGUCUGACCCAGGAGGACGAGGACGAGGAAGAAGAGGAGGACUCCGAUGAGGAUGAGUCUGAUGAAGAUGACGAUGACGAUGAGCCCACUGAAACUCUGGAGGGAGUGUACGACCCUGCAGACUACUCCAACCUGCCGGUCACCUCUGAGAUCAGAGAGUUAUUCCAGUACAUCACCCGGUAUUCUCCUCCGAACCAAGAACUGGACCUCUGCCUCAAGCCCUUCAUCCCGGACUUCAUCCCUGCUGUUGGAGACAUCGACGCCUUCCUAAAGGUACCGAGGCCGGAUGGAAAACCAGACAACUUGGGCCUACUGGUUCUGGAUGAGCCCAGUGUGAAGCAGUCGGACCCGACGGUUCUGUCUCUGUGGCUGUCGGAGGAAACCAAACAGCACGGAACCACAGAGCUGAAGAAGGUUCCGAGCGUGGCGGGCCCGCGGACCAACCCCCGGGCCGUGGACAGCUGGGUGGACAGCAUCAGCGCGCUGCACCGGUCCAAGCCGCCGGCCAGCGUGCGGUACAGCAGAACCAUGCCGGACCUGGACAGCCUGAUGCAGGAGUGGCCCCCAGAGGUGGAGGAGCUGCUGGGGGCCCUGCAGCUGCCGCCGGCCCGCCUGGCCUGCAGCCUGCCGCAGUACGCAGACCUGGUCUGCAGCCUGCUGGACAUCCCCGUCCACGGAACCAGGGUCCAGAGCCUGCACCUGCUCUUCAGCCUCUACCUGGAGUUCAGAGACUCCCAGCACUUCACCAGCCGAGUGUAGGCAGAGGUCAGAGGUCAGGGGCCUUAGUGCUGCAUGGGUUCGGAUGACUGAGGGGUUCUGGUUUCAGAUUAUUUCUCUGGUUCUGUUGUCAAAUAAAGGGAGAGAGCAGGAGAACCGUACAGAACCAAGUGGUUCUGGUCAUUUUACAUCCAGCAGCUGGUUCUGGUUCCAGAGAGAAACAGUUUAUGAAGUGAAACAUGAACUCUGACCUGCCUGCAGCUGGCAUCUGAGUCUCGGACGUCCCAGUGGCAGCGAAUGCAUCACCUCUUCUCCAACAUGUCGACCUGAAUCCAGACCAUGGCAGGUGAUCAGCAUCAGUUUUACAUUCAGGAAGUCUGACUUCAUUUCCUGAAGCUUUGGAGGAGUGGAACCAGAACCCGGUCAGAACCACCAGCAGGGAUGAAGGAGCAGAACCAGAGAAAUCGUUGUGACUCCUGUUAAUAAUUAAACGUGUUAAAUAAAACCUGAACUCUACCGACGGUCGGGUUCUGCAGAGUUCUGCUCAGGCAGAGACGCAGCGCAGUCCUGAACCUUAAAGGACUUCUGGGUCACUUUUUAUUUUCCAAAUAAAUUACAACAAUAAUUACAACUGUAUUUCAAUAUUUUAAUGAGAAUGCAGCUGAACUCAAGUCAUUGUAGAUAUGAUCCUUAUUGAAAAGAAGGAAAACAACUUUCUGUCAUUUUCAGCAAGAUGGUUUCUGUUUACUUUUUUAGUAAACAGUUCAAUAAGAAUAAGAUCCUUGUCACUUCAUGAGGAACAGGUGAGUUUAGUUUAUGAUUAAAAGUAACACAAUACCAGCAAAGAGAGAGCAGCUAAUCAAAGACUGAGAUAGAAGAAAAAUGAUUUUUAUUUUAAGACAACAAACAACACAGAACCAGAACAACAGGAAACAGACGAGAGAAGAACAGCAGAACAAUCAGGUGAGGAGGGACAGAAAGUGGCUCAGAGAUCCUGGGAGGUGAGAACCAGAAACCACAUGCUAGCCUUGUAAUAAACAUUUAAAAUAAUGUUUCACUGAAGCUUCAACAUGAUGCAUGUAUGCAGUAAAAAAAUCACAACGAUCACACAAAUAUUUCCAUCAGUCUGAAACUUUAUAACCUGAGGAGUAAAUGAAAAAUGGGAAAAAUGAUAAAAUGUUUUUAUUCUCAGAAUGACAAUAUUAUCACUAAAAAUUAAAUUACAGUCAAUAUUAAACCAUUAACACACUAAUACAACACAUUAACAGAAAUUAAACACAGCUAAUUAUUUAAAACAGACAAUUAAGUGAUUGUUUUGUUGAAUAAAGAUUUAAUU